AUGCAGAAGCAGAACUCAGCCGAGCUCUCAGCCGAGCUCUUCUUUGAGCGAGCUCUUGCGAAAGGCUCUGAUAAUAACAAGGACAGCGUUAAUGGAGAAGAAGUCAAAAAGAAACUUCAGGACGCAACGGAGUAUGGUCAUCGUCGGGCCUUAGCGCUAUGGCAUCAGUAUCAGAAGAAGCAUCCUAAUGCUUCUCCAGAAGAUAUAGAGGCAUCGAAAGAUUUUGUAAGGUGCAUUGCACAUGGGGUUGACGGUCGCUAUGGCGAUCCUUUGGCAUGCAUGAACACCGUUGUCCAAAUGUAUAAGAACUUCACAGGUGGCUGGCAGCGGGCGAAGCACCCGAAGAUAGACGAGAGAGUCACUCUUUCUACCUCGAACUAUAUCAAGUACGUGCUGACACCAGAACUCGGGCUUCCUCGGAAAAAGCGAGAGAGAUGCUACGCGACUAUGAUCCACCUCGUUCAUCUGGGUACGCAGCUGUGGAAAAACGACUGGCAUAAGUAUGAAAGGCCAGGAGUCAGAAUAGAGCUGUGGGCAGAAAUCCAGCUCCAUGCAUUCACUUCAGCUAGGGUAGGUGAAUAUCUUGAAUCAACAUGCCGCGCAGGUUCUGGCCGAGGCCUAUACUAUCGAGACAUCGCCUUUGGAGUCUUCCGAAACGAAUACGGAAUGGCGGAAUUUGCGAUGCAAGUCGUGAAGGAUGCUAAGGGUAUGACGUUCACGCCUAAUAGGAGGCCAGAACAUUCUCUGCACGAAGGGCUAGAGCCUCGGCCACUGUUUUGGAGUCCCAUCCUCACGCACCUCGCUAUGUUCGUUGGGAAGGGGGCAUUCCGAGAUCAUAAAACUAUGGAUGAGCUUCUGGAUAUCGAGCCUCCAGAAGACGAGAUGUUCUGUCUUGAGUGGGACCCACGCGUGCUUAACACUCCCCUCUACCAGCGAGACGAUGGCACAAUUAAUUCAGCCGGCGUCUUCAGCCAGCGCAAUCGAAAUUUGGGCUUCCGCGCCGGAUACGCUCGACCACCUACAAUUCAUGACUUUAGGGCCGAGGGCCUACAUCUCAUCGACAAGCUCUACUCAUCGACUCAGAGGAUGCAACAUGGCGGACACACUGGCGAUGACGCGUACGGCAAUUUCUAUGCGCCUCGAAACCCCGAAACGGACGGUCAAAACAGCUACCUCGGCGACAAGCCGCGCACCAUUGUCAACGAUAUGUUCCGUGCCAUGACCCUGUCUCGCAAUCCGGAGCUGUGGCAGUCCUUGCCAGCGGAAAAGCAGCACGAGCUUGAGAACAGCCCGGAGUUUAUCGCUAUCGAAGAGGAACUGGAACAGUCCUCUUAUGAGCUCAAAGACGACCCGGCGGCUAGAGAUCGCCGAAAGGAGCUACACGCGCAGAAAAGAAAGCUUGUAUCUGAGGAGCUCCGCAGAUGCCAGAAGCUUCAGCCAAAGAAACUGCCCUCUAAGAUACAGAAGGCCGAGCAGAUGGGACACCACCGUACUCAAUUUUCCCGGACUAGUCAUCUGAUGCCUCAACGCCGACGCCUGGCGGAGGAUCUCUUCGCCAUCGCUACCAUCCGCAGCGAAAGAGGACGUGCAGUCCUUGGUGAUAUGAUUGAUCUCUAUCAGCAGGACACUGAAGUAGCCUUCUGUCCAGGCUUGGAGCUAGAGAAGUGUGGCUGUGCGGCAGAGCGCAGUCAGCAGAUAGACCGGUUUGUCAUCCCACCCACCUUCCAAGCGUGA